GCCUGUAUGCUGCACUGUGGCAGCAUGCAGCAUGGGCAUUUAUCGGCCAAAUUAUCAGCCACAUCUGGAACCUAAACCCUUAUUUCCCAUAGACUCUUGGUAUCUUUUUACUCAAUUUCUAUUUGCACGGUGUUUUUUCAAGAACAUAACUACCGUGUAAAUCAAGGCCUGACUGUACUUGGGGUUUUUUAUUCUAUUUUCAACAGAAGCAUACUUAAUUUCUGAGAUAACUUAUUGGCUGUAUCUCUCCUAAAUUCUAUAGCUAUUUAUUAAAGCUAAUGCCAUUUUCUUGUCCAAGUAUUACCUCUUUAAUUACACUCUUCCUUUACAAUUUACAGCACUGCUGAGCACACUUGGGGAAAUGUAGUGUUGUUCAGUGAGUGAAAAAUGUUCAGUUUACUUCCAUGGAAAAGGACCCUCUGUAUCUUAGUAAUAGAGAGAGGUAAUCAGCUACUGUUAGUCUCAAAUCAGACAGGUUGGCACUUUAUGGACUGGUUUAGAGAGCCAUAAGUUUUCAUGGGUGACAACUUGCUUUAUUAGCAAUAGAUUAUGCCGUUGCCUGGAGAGUGUUUAUGCACACUGCCAAUCCCCACGGAAACAGAAACAAUGGUGAUUCUGAAGCAUCUGAAUUAAUGAGUUGCACACAGUCACUAUCUCACCUUACAUGCAGGCAGGUGGAAGUCCGAGCCCCUUUCUGCCUGAACUCUUUUGCCUGAAAUACUGACGACCGUUCACGUUGCAGAAGAACAAGGGUGGAGGAGCCAUUUACUCUUACGUUAUAGGAGGGAAGGUGGAGCUUGCGAGACAAAGAAACAUGUUUGCAUCCCAAGGAGACGUAGAGGACCUGUUUCAUCCCAUGGGGAAAAUGGAACAAAAAUACUCCAGUAAAGUUCUUGUUGGAAACUGGUUUGAAGACAGGCAAAGGGUAAGAUGGGGAAAGGAGGAACCAACACAGGAAUUUACAAAACCCAGCAACAGCACCUACAGGACAGACUUUGUUCGCUUCCCAUUCUCCGCUCCAGACCAAACAGUGAAGAGAAGUGUGAUGAAGAAACUCGAAGGCCUGCCCAAGAAGUUUCUCUUUACCUGUGAUGAAGGACUGAACAACCAGAAUCUGGUUUCAGAAUAUGAUGAUCAUUACAACAGACACGGCAAUCCUGUGCUGCCUGCCUUCCGCAGAUGGAGUCGACACAAAAAUACCUGGAUGCCCGAGAAAUCAGAUUUCCCGACUCUUGAACCACCCACCAACUAUGGCCUUUCUGGGCUGCUGUGGAAAAAAUGGACCCAAAAAGACGGACCAGUGAACAGUGUCUAUACCGUUUCCUAUGAAAAACCACCUGUUUCUGCUUAUCCCAUUCACCAAGUCAGGCAUCAGGCCUCAACCCAAAAAUUAUCUUCCAGCAAUGGGCAGUGUGUUUCCCCAUAACCUCAGCCUGGAAUAUGAUGGGGCAGCUGGCUGGAGAUGCUACAGUAAUUGAUGCUUCAGUGUAGGCUGCUUAUAGUGAUAUAACUGCAACUGAAAUACAGCAGGUUGCUGAAACACCUAAAAUAUUUUGUUCCAUGUAGCAGAAAUGAGAAUGACAGCACUCCAUGUGUAUCCUCUAAGAGUGGGGCAUGGAGUGGAGGCUGCCUGGAUGAUAUUGCUACCGAAAGCUUGUUGGAAAUCUUCCAUACUUGAGGACAGGUAGUAGCCUGGUGGUUCAGGGACUCAGUGACAAUGUAAAAAACUAAGGUUUAAGGCCUUGAUUCAUGCCAGGAACCUGAACUUCAGUCACCUACAUCCCUGGUUCAGGCAUCAGCUUUACCUACUGCUUACAAAAAGCUCAGCAUUUCCCACUAUCUCAGCACGCCAUACACCGAUGGUAAAAUCUGAAAGGGGAUGCUUUCACAUUAGAGUGAAGAUAGACCCCCAUAAGUGCAGUAUGGAUAAAAUCGGGAGCGGGGGUGCCAAACUCAAGUGAGCUAGUGGGUCAGAUGCAUACUGUGUAGCUAAAUUUGAGUGAACUAAUGGGCCAAAUCCAUACCAUGUGGCUUCUUUGAGGCCAGGCAAUCUAUCUCUGAAUCUGGCCUGCAAGGCUCUUCACUGCAGAUGCCAGAGCCUCUGCAUUACUGCAGCUAGCACAGAGGGUGCAAUAAUACCACUGCUCACUGCCUUUCCACGGUUUUGCACACCAAAUGGUCAUCCAAACCUGGAAAUGUGGCAGCAAAUAAGUGUUAAUUCCCUCUCCCUCCUGAGAGCUGGCUGUCUCAGGAAGCAGCUAUGUUGGCCAGUUCUGGAGGGCGGUAGUCCAGACCAAGACCAGGUACAGACAUUACACUUUUACCAGUAUAAGUGAUCGGAAAUUGAUCUAUACCCAUAACAGAACAGAAGUUCAGCAUACAUAGACUGGUUUAAAAAUGGCAGAACCUGGUUUAGGAUUGCCUAGGGCAAAGGUGUGCUCUGUUCACUACUGAUCUAAACGAUGCUACUUACAGAAAACUGUGCAACUUAGGUCGAUUCUACCUCAAGCUUUUUCAAUACCUGUAACUUGCUCAAGAGACGCUCAUGGGCCAGAUGACCCAUGUCUGUGGGCUGGAUCCAUGGGCCCAUAUGCAUCAAGAGCAUCUUUGGGCUUCUCACAUGUUUUUGUUGCAGGCAACUGUCUGUAAAGCAAGUUUCAGGAUCUUUGCUCGCCUCCAUAGCAGGCUGAGAGGCUUAGCGCUUGGAGGUUGCUGGCAUGGGAGUUACAUAAUACCCCCCAAAUAUUCAAAAGAAAUGAAUCAACAGGGUAUCAGUCAGGCUGGAAAGAAGCCCGGAUGCUUAGCAGAGAAAGUAUCAGUUUAUGCUUGAGCCCAACUCAUGUUUACCAGGAUGUCUUCAAAACAAGGGCAGAGUUUAAUGGUUUUUAUGUAGCAUUAUAACCUUUCAGGAUGAAUGGGAUUUAACUCCAGUUAUCCCUGUGUAGAUUAUAUUUUGGGCAGCCAGUUACACUAGGUAGUAAGCCUAAUUUGGGGUGGGGGCAGAAAGAGAUUUCCUGCCCUAUUUGCCUCUGUGAAACUUUUUGUGAAAGUGCUUGCCAGUACAAGAAAGACUUGAACAAUCAUAUUCUGUAAGAAGCAGGACAGGACUCUGCCAUAGGCUCUACCGCGGAGUAGGAUUUUACGCUAGUGGAGUAAAGGCUACAACGAUGCGGUCAUCCGUCUUCUUUCAAAUUCUGUAUUCAGGUCCCACGAACAAAAGACCUCUCCAACAGUAACAGCAAAGCUGAAUAUUAGUUGAUUAUUUAAACAGAGUAGAAGAGAGAAACACUCCCUUGAUUUUCCUAAAUUGAUUUGCAAAGUUUAUAUAACUGGUGCGUGCAGAUUUGUCCUGUUGGCUUGUUUAAAACAAGGUUACACUGUUUUCUUUUUAAAGAAGGAACAAAAUCAAAGCAUGCAGCUCAGUUUCUAUAUGCAGCUUACAAAAGAAAACUUACGGUAUCAACAGAAAGAUUAAACAAGAGAAAAUCUUAUCUCGAUUUCUUCCACAGCUAAAGAUUUAAGUAGGCGGUAGUCACAAGCUACAUGGAAGUUUCAAUGUCAAUAAGGUCAUAAGAAAGACAAAUUAUACAAGCACCAGUUAUAAAGCUGUAUAUACAAGUUAUAAAAAAUCCAACCAAUGUAUCUUGGCGAGGUUUUACAAUGGUAGGUUUUACAGGUUUGACAUCUCAUUUUAAACAAUAUGUCCAAUUUCUAUUAUUGUUCACCGGAAAGUAGAGGUUCAGCGAUCACAGACUUUGAAAUAAAUAAUUCAUUAUAAUAAUGCCAAGUUGU